AUGGCAGAUCAGGCGAUACCGAAGCAUAUGCUCGCCUGCCAGGUUCUACAGUUUGAUGAACCGUAUGUUAUUCGCGAGGUGCCUGUCCCUCAGAGCAUCGGCCCACACGAUCUUCUGCUGAAGACUGCAGUCGCCUCAUUAUGUCACACUGAUUCCAUGGUCCAAGAGGGCAAGAUGGCUGGAACAACUCUGCCCAUCACAGGCUCUCACGAAGGUGUUGGCACAGUUGUUGCAAAGGGUGAGGCUGUGACCAACUUUGCAUUACAUGAUCGCGUUCUUGCUGGAAUCCCUUUCCAUCAGUGUUGGCAGUGUGAAGAUUGCAACAGUGAACACCCCCAAUACUGCUCUGAUCGCGCUGGUGGUAUUGGGCUUCAGGUCGAUGGUGCUUUUGCUGAGUACAUCCUGAUUGACUCCCGAAGCGCAUCGCUUGUCCCAGCUGCCUUGCACUUUACAGACGCAGCACCCCUGGCUUGUGCUGGUAUCACCGUGUGGCGCGCACUUCUACAAACUCAACUGAAAGCAGGAGAUUGGUUAGGCAUCGUGGGAUCUGGAGGCGGUCUGGGCCAUUUAGCCGUUCAGUUUGCAAAGGCCAAGGGGCUACGGGUAGUCGGGUUAGAUGCUCGUGAUGAAGGGAUCAGUCUGUCGAGAGAAUCUGGAGCGGAAGUUGUUGUUGAUGUACGAAUUGGGCCCGACUCUGUUGUAAAGCACGUUUGGAAAGCUACCCAAAACAAAGGCGUAUCUGCCACCAUUAAUCUGAGCGAUGCCACGUCGGCAGCCGCCCUUGCAUGUUCUGUAACCAGGAAGCACGGUCGUAUGGUUCAGGUUGCUCAGCCUGUUGAGGUAAAGAUCCCAUAUCGCGAACUGAUCUUCAGAGAUAUCUGUGUGGUUGGCUCGUUGACGGCGUCUCCCAAGCAGACACAAGAGAUGUUGGAAUUCGCAGUACAGCAUGGAAUCAAGGUAAAAACUAAUAUCUAUCACGGCUUGAAGGAGAUACCAAAAAUGGUCAAAGAUGCGCAUUCAGGGUUAAUGAAGGGGAAGAGUGUGGUUGUGAUCGAUAGCACGCAAGUGUAG